GAGGGGGUGCCAGGCGCCCAGAGAAGCGGGAGUGGGAGAAGCUUUGAGAGUUGCAGGGGGCUACUUUCUUGCAGUCGGGCGGCGGGCCGCACGGGUGCUUGUUGACCGGGCUAGGAGCAGGGCAUUCAAAAGCUAGGUGUCAGAGCGCACUGAAGUCCAACACGCCUGCAGAGACUGCCCUAAGACUGGAGGUGUGUCUGGCUUGCAUCCAGGGCCACAGGGUAGAUUCUCGCCACCGACCUGGCUGGAUGACGGCUGGCUGGUAGUGAGCUCCCCUGCCCACUGGCUGACCUCAAGCAGUUGGCCCCGGUGGGUGGAGGUUAUUCGAGGGGGACGAGUUGGGGACGGAGCAUCAGCUCCUGCCAGCGCGCGGGUCUCCUCCACCUCCAAGCAGUGUGGUGCGUGGGACGCGCAUCUUCCCGGACUAUCCCUUUCCAGCGCGGUCUGUGCGGACCCCGAGCCGGGCAGCCGCCAGGGACGGAAGGCGGGGUGCCUUUCUCUGGGCUCAUCCGCUAUCAGCCGUGGGAACUCUUAACUUUAUCCAGAGGGAUCGGUGAGGGCGGGGGUGGGAGAGGUUCUCCUCCCCUGGCGCUUACCUCCCCCUCCCGGGCCGCCCCUCCCCCGCCUCCCAUGGCUUCGCUUUCAGAGCAUCCUCACUCCGCCCAGUUCGGUGCCAGCUGCGUGGGCUCCAGCUUCGUUCCUUUUCCUUGGAAUGCUCCAAAACUCGGCAGCGACUAAGGGAAUUCCAUCGGAAUUUGCCGGGCGUGCUCUCACCCCGCACGGCACCCGCGCCGUCCGUCCCCGGAUCCCAUCACUUCAGCCUGAAGAUUGCAACUUUGCAGAGACAAAGAAAUAGCAUGGCAUGAAACAUGGCUCAGUUCUAUUACAAAAGAAAUGUUAAUGCUCCCUAUAGAGAUCGCAUCCCUCUGAGGAUAGUAAGAGCAGAAUCAGAACUCUCGCCAUCAGAAAAAGCCUACUUGAAUGCUGUGGAAAAGGGAGACUAUGCCAGUGUCAAGAAAUCCCUAGAGGAAGCUGAAAUUUAUUUUAAAAUCAAUAUUAAUUGCAUUGAUCCUCUCGGAAGAACUGCUCUCCUCAUUGCAAUUGAAAAUGAGAACUUGGAGCUCAUCGAACUACUCUUAAGCUUUAAUGUCUAUGUUGGAGAUGCUCUAUUACAUGCUAUCAGAAAAGAAGUCGUCGGAGCUGUUGAGCUGUUAUUGAACCACAAAAAACCCAGUGGAGAAAAACAGGUGCCUCCUAUACUGCUUGAUAAGCAGUUCUCUGAAUUCACUCCGGACAUUACACCAAUCAUUUUGGCAGCCCAUACAAACAAUUAUGAGAUAAUAAAACUCCUGGUUCAGAAAGGAGUCUCGGUGCCUCGACCGCACGAGGUCCGCUGUAACUGUGUGGAAUGCGUGUCCAGUUCAGAUGUGGACAGCCUCCGUCACUCCCGCUCCAGACUCAACAUCUACAAGGCCUUGGCCAGUCCCUCUCUCAUUGCACUGUCAAGCGAAGAUCCUUUUCUCACAGCCUUUCAGUUAAGUUGGGAGCUUCAGGAACUGAGCAAGGUGGAAAAUGAAUUCAAGUCGGAGUAUGAAGAGCUGUCACGGCAGUGCAAACAAUUUGCUAAGGACCUACUGGAUCAGACAAGAAGUUCCAGAGAACUGGAAAUCAUUCUUAAUUACCGAGAUGACAAUAGUCUCAUAGAAGAACAAAGUGGAAAUGAUCUUGCAAGACUAAAGUUGGCCAUUAAGUACCGUCAAAAAGAGUUUGUUGCCCAGCCCAAUUGUCAACAGCUGCUGGCAUCUCGCUGGUACGAUGAGUUUCCAGGCUGGAGGAGAAGACACUGGGCAGUGAAGAUGGUGACAUGUUUCAUCAUAGGACUUCUUUUUCCUGUCUUCUCUGUGUGCUACCUGAUAGCUCCCAAAAGCCCACUCGGACUGUUCAUCAGGAAGCCAUUUAUCAAGUUUAUCUGCCACACAGCCUCCUAUUUGACUUUUUUGUUCCUGCUGCUGCUUGCCUCUCAGCACAUCGACAGGUCAGACUUGAACAGGCAAGGUCCACCACCAACCAUCGUCGAGUGGAUGAUAUUACCAUGGGUCCUGGGUUUCAUAUGGGGAGAAAUUAAACAGAUGUGGGAUGGCGGACUUCAGGACUACAUCCAUGAUUGGUGGAAUCUAAUGGACUUUGUAAUGAACUCCUUAUAUUUAGCGACAAUCUCCUUGAAAAUUGUCGCGUUUGUAAAGUACAGUGCCCUUAAUCCACGAGAAUCAUGGGACAUGUGGCAUCCCACUCUGGUGGCAGAGGCUUUAUUUGCUAUUGCAAACAUCUUCAGUUCUCUGCGUCUGAUCUCACUGUUUACUGCAAAUUCUCAUCUGGGACCUCUGCAAAUAUCUCUGGGAAGAAUGCUCCUGGACAUUUUGAAGUUUCUAUUCAUAUACUGCCUUGUGUUGCUAGCAUUUGCAAAUGGCCUAAAUCAAUUGUACUUCUAUUAUGAAGAAACGAAAGGGUUGACCUGCAAAGGCAUACGAUGUGAAAAGCAGAAUAAUGCAUUUUCGACGUUAUUUGAGACACUGCAGUCCCUGUUUUGGUCAAUAUUUGGACUCAUCAAUUUAUAUGUGACCAAUGUCAAAGCACAGCAUGAAUUUACUGAGUUUGUUGGUGCCACCAUGUUUGGGACAUACAAUGUCAUCUCUCUGGUUGUUCUACUCAACAUGUUAAUAGCUAUGAUGAAUAAUUCUUACCAACUGAUUGCUGACCAUGCAGAUAUAGAAUGGAAAUUUGCACGAACAAAGCUUUGGAUGAGUUAUUUUGAAGAAGGAGGUACUCUGCCUACUCCCUUCAAUGUCAUCCCGAGCCCCAAGUCUCUCUGGUACCUGAUUAAAUGGAUCUGGACACACUUGUGCAAGAAACAGAUGAGAAGGAAGCCAGAAAGUUUUGGAACAAUAGGGAGGCGAGCUGCUGAUAAUUUGAGAAGACAUCACCAGUACCAAGAAGUUAUGAGGAACCUGGUGAAGCGAUACGUUGCUGCAAUGAUUAGAGAUGCUAAAACUGAAGAAGGCCUGACCGAAGAGAACUUUAAGGAACUAAAGCAAGACAUUUCUAGUUUCCGCUUUGAAGUUCUGGGAUUACUAAGAGGAAGCAAACUUUCCACAAUACAAUCUGCAAAUGCCUCGAAGGAGUCUUCAAACUCGGCAGACUCAGAUGAAAAGAGUGAUAACGAAGGUAAUAGCAAGGACAAGAAAAAGAAUUUCAGCCUUUUUGAUUUAACCACCCUGAUUCAUCCGAGAUCAGCAGCAAUUGCCUCUGAAAGACAUAACAUAAGCAAUGGCUCUGCUCUGGUGGUGCAGGAGCCACCCAGGGAGAAGCAGAGAAAAGUGAAUUUUGUGACCGAUAUCAAAAACUUUGGGUUAUUUCAUAGACGAUCAAAACAAAAUGCUGCUGAGCAAAAUGCAAACCAAAUCUUCUCUGUUUCAGAAGAAGUUGCUCGUCAACAGGCUGCAGGACCACUUGAGAGAAAUAUUCAACUGGAAUCUCGAGGAUUAGCUUCACGGGCUGACCUGAGCAUUCCCGGUCUCAGUGAACAAUGUGUGUUAGUAGACCAUAGAGAAAGGAAUACGGACACACUGGGGUUACAGGUAGGCAAGAGAGUGUGUCCAUUCAAGUCAGAGAAGGUGGUGGUGGAGGACACGGUUCCUAUAAUACCAAAGGAGAAACAUGCAAAAGAAGAGGACUCGAGUAUAGACUAUGAUCUAAGCCUCCCAGACACAGUCACCCAGGAAGAUUAUGUGACCACAAGAUUGUGAUACUUGAAGGAGGAAGCGUUUACCAUACACAUAUAUAUUUUCCGUAGUGCUCUGGGUGUGGGAAAAUGUUUAAAUUGUAUUAGCAAAUGCUAAGUUACACUUUAUAGCGUUUCUCAACUGUGGCAUAUUAACCUGUAACAUGUUUAAAUAAGGCAAAGGCAAUCAAAAACCUUUUUGUUUUGUAGCCUGCUUUUGCUUUCACAAUUUGUUUUACAAUUGUUUUUGUUAAUAAAUAAAUGCACCUUGUAUUCUUGUACUGUUGCAAUAACCCACAGAAACAUUUUAGCUAUCUUUUUCAAUUAAAACAAAUGUCAUUUAUUUCAUGUGGUAGUUGACUCCUAAAAUAGCUAUUUUUAUACGCAAAAACCAAUGUGGCUGAAAUAUUAUAGCUUUUCAUAAUUUUUUAGGGUCUCUAGAGAGGGUUCCUUGCCAAGGACUUUUCACCUAGUCCUACAGUUUGACUUUAAAACACAAAUAUUACCAAAUUAUUUCUUAAGGACAUGUAAAUAAUUGUUGUACACAAUUAAAGCAAGCAAGUCUUCUUCUCGUGGAGUCAUGUCUAAACCCCCUCAAAGUCACAAAUACUUUGUAGGGUUUUAGGUUGUUCCAGGGUUUCCUUUCAGUAAGUAAAAGAAGUGUUUGUCUUAAUACAUUUUGAUGAUUGAUGAUUUUCAAUGACAUUUUGUCAGUAAAAAACUCGCCCCUCCAGUUUUUUUUAAUUACCUAUUUCAGAUUCCACUGCUUAUCAGUAUAAAUAUGAGUCUUUAUGAAUAACUGAAAUUCAAAAAUAUGGCAAAAAUUCUCACUUAUAGAAAAGAAUAAACCAUAAUACUGUAAGCACAUUUAACAAGCAAGAUGAUUGCAUACUAAUAAUAUCCAAAUGAAAAUGAAUGUAUUCUAAACAAUCUAAAUCUAAGUAAAGUUGAAUUCCAGUAUUUUCAAUCAACGCAAUAUUGUAAUCAAUUCAAAAGAAGUACAAAAACCUAGCAGUCUCCUCUUUUCACCAGUAAUCAUUAUAUAUUUCUUUAAAAUUAAAAUCACUCAAAAAUCAUUAUUAAUUUUAUCAGCAGAUAUAGAUAUAUAGUUUUGCCUAUAGGAAAAGCAUUCUUAUUUCUUGUUUUUCUUUCUGUUGUUUGCAAGAUAAUUUAGCUUAUAAUAAUUCACUGAACUAUUACAAGGAAAGUGUUUCCAAUUUACAUAAAAUUGGUACUAGAAACUUAAAGCUUAAAUUACAUUGCUUGUGUCUAUUUAAGCCACUAUGGGAAGCUUCUUCACCACAUAAAAUUAGCAUUUAUUUCAAAUAAAUGGAAAAAUGCUAAGUUCAUUUCAAAAAUUACUCUGCAGACCUCAGAAAUUGCAUAUAGUUUAUCAUUGACCCCAAACGGCAUAAUGUUAUGGGACUCAGUUUCUCAUUAACAAACAUCAAAAAUAAGGAAUAACAGCAAUAACAAUGCCAGUCUCUGUUCUAUUCCUAUACACCUAUUAACAUAUACGUACUGCUCUUAACAGCCCUCUGAAGUAGCUCCUGUUUUUGUCCCCAUUUUACAGAUGAUGAAACUGAGACCAGCACUAACUGGCUAAGGUAACACAGCUCGUGAUGGAGCUGUGAUAUGUCCAUCAGAGCCAUUCCCUUCACCACUGCAUUGUACUGCCUUUCAGAACAUAAAAAGAGCAAGUUAUAAAAUAUGCAUAUACAGGGGUUACCAUGGCCACUUCUGAAGUCCUAUACCUUGAGAGAGAAUGAGUAUGGUAAGCUUCAUAAGUGUCCCUUCUUCUAAAGCAAGAGAAAUGUGCAAAAUAUAAAAUGUGCUGUAUUUGAUUCUUUAGACUAAAUGACAUUAAAGCUAGUAGAUUUUUAAAAACAUACUUAGUAUGUGAUCUCAGAACUCAAUUUGAAAUACUAGAUUUUAAUUUUCAGAAAAGCCAGGAGCACUAAGCCCCUGUUCACUCCUAAAUCUAGUUUUUGGGGACUUAAGAAUGGACCAGAUAGAUUUGGAGAAACACAAGCCUAAUGAAUGUAUUUAUUGUUUCAAGAACAUCUUUAUCUCAAGUAUAUUAGGGCUCAGAGCAAAUCCUGGGGCUACUCAAUUUUUUCUAAAUCAUACAUACUGUAGUAGAGAAAUUGUAGGCCUAUUCUUAACAUUUGGGAUAUUUUCCAUUAAUUUCUUUUUGCCUCUCCUGUGCAUUGCUGUUUCGUUUUGUUUAUUCCCAAAGUCAGGACACUACACAUCACCAUUAUACAUACUUUACCAGAAUUUAAUUUCAAAUUCUCUCUGUUCCUUCAAGCAACACCAGUAACAGUACAAGCAACAAAACCUUUUUUCCCCAGUAGCUUAUUUACAUCAGGGGUUAAGGUGCUGACAUUUUAUAGGGGAACAUGAUGGUAGUAGAGGAAUGUGUUUGGAGCAAGUAAGACCAUCCUUUUCAGUGUCCUAGAAAGGAUGAUUCUAACAACCCCCAGAUGUUGCUGACAGAUGUGUUUAUGAGUAUGAACAAAGUGUUGGAUAUUAUUAGUACCAGCUGCUACUAAUAUAACUAGAAUUGAAUGCUAUUCUAAAUAUGUAGUGAUAUUAUGUAGCAUUAAUGAAGAUGAGUAAGGAUAAACUAAGAAAAGUAAAACAACAGCAGGAUAGCAAGCAAAGAAAUGUUAUUUCUUUGAGGUCUGUAAGUGAGUACUUCAGGAUUUUCAUUUCUACUCAUAUUUCUAUCCACAGAAAUUUCUAAAUGCUACAGAGAAGUUUGAAGUCACCUUCAUUUACAUAAACAAUAUUUCUCCUUUUUCAUACUCUCUUAAUCUUAAUCUAUUUUUCUUAAAUUUUGUGUCUGAAUUGGGUGAAGGAGCGUGUUGAAAAUUCGGUUUAAUAGACUAGCAGGUAAGUUUAAAACACUUUGUUUAUCACAAGUAUAUUUUGGAAGCUCCAUUUAUAAGAAAGUAUGCUAUAAAGAUGUACCUCAUCAUUUGUAAUAAAGGUUUUCCUUAAAAUUUCUGUGCAAAUAAAUCUAUAUUAACUUCAGUAA